AAUUUCCCACAAACUACCCAGGAGUCUACAAAAGAACAUCCCACAAACUACCCAGGAAUCUACACAAGAACAUCCCACAAACUACCCAGGAAUCUACACAAGAACAUCCCACAAACUACCCAGGAAUUCAACAAAAGAACCUUCUACAAACUACCCAGGAAUUCAACAAAAGAACCUCCAACAAACCU